AUGGGAAAGCUGACUACCAUGCCUACAGGUCUGAUAUAUGCAUCUAUAAGUGUGUUUGCAGCCAAAGAAGAGGAAUCUAAAAAACAGCUCCUGAAACCAGAGCAGCUCCCGAUAUAUACUGCACCACCUCUGCAGUCUAACUAUAUUGAAGAGCAGCCUGGUAAUUUGCAGUUGGGCUUUGCUUCCAUCCGCCAUACGACUGGUAGAUACAUUGGCUGGUUCAAGGGUGUAUAUGUCUUUGUGAAAAAUGGGAUAGUGGAUACAGUACAAUUUGGAAAAGAUGCAUAUAUCUAUCUAAAGAAUCCUCCUGGAGAUUUUCUUCCCAAAGUUGGAGUGAUUACUGUCUCAGGAUUGGCCGGCUUGAUUUUGGCGAGAAAAGGUUCUAGAUUUAAGAAAAUUGUUUAUCCGCUGGGACUAGCCACUUUAGGAGCAACUGUUUGCUACCCAGUUCAGUCAGUAAUAAUUGCAAAGGUAACUGGGAAAAAGACAUAUGAUGCAAGCCAGCAGAUUUAUGAAGCAGUUAAAUCAUCAUUGACAAAAAGCAACAAAAAAGAAUCACUCCCUGAACCUAACAGAAAAACUAAGGUAGGAAGUCAUGCUGAAAUAGAAAUACUUACUAAGACAACUGAAGUACUGAAACAGUCAGUGUCUUUGCCAACAGAACUCAGCUCUCAAACAAAGACCAAAUCAGAACCCACCUCAGGUACUACACAGUUUAUGCCUGACCCCAAGUUCAUGGAUCACGGGCAGUCCCAUCCAGAAGAUGUAGAUAUGUACAGCACUAGAAGCUGAAAUAGACUGCAUAGAAAACUUCAAGAUGUGUGAAGUUGCAAAUAAUGAUGAAAAAUCAUGUAAUGGGUAACU